ACACAACUUUGUGGACUAAAAACGUAUCACCAAGUCACACAAGUGAGCUGAACCCAAUUUCCUAAACUUCCCGUACCUCACCUUCUCCGUCGCCGUCGCCGUCGCCGGGCUGUCCACCAAAGGUCCUUUAAAAUGUAUUUGAAAUCUCAGUUGUCGUGGAAUGUGAUAAUCCCUGCGGAGAACCUUGAUGUUGAGGGCUUAAUGCUUCAGAAGGCAAUUGUUAUUCGCCUCAUGGAUGACUUUGCUGCCAAGAAGGCCUCAAAAAAUCUUGGUUACUUUAUGGCUCUCACUACAUUGGAGAGGAUUGGGGAAGGGAAAGUUCGAGAACACACUGGUGAUGUGCUUUUCCCUGUGGAAUUCAGCUGUGUUACCUUCAAGAUAUUCCGUGGAGAGAUCUUGGAAGGGGUUGUUGACAAGAUCUUGAAGCAUGGUGUCUUUUUGAGAUGUGGCCCCACAGACAAGGUGUACCUCUCUCAUCAGAAGAUGGCGGAUUAUAAGUAUGUGCCCGGAGAAAAUCCAAUCUUUAUGAAUGAGAAGAUGUCAAGAAUUGAGAAAGACACCGUGGUGCGUUUCAUCGUGGUUGGAGCAAGGUAUGUGGAGGCGGAGAAGGAAUUCCAAGCAGUUGUGAGCUUGGAGGGUGAUUACCUUGGACCCAUCUCACAAAACUCUGUUUAGAUUUCAGUUAUUCGCCACGAGCUAUAUCUGUGUUUAGUACUAUUUUGAAUUGAAUGUGACUUUUCUGUUGAUGUUGCUGACCCUCUCUGAAAUGUCUUACUCAUUUGGUUGCUUAUGCCCUCAAGUGGUCAUGUAAAUGUUACAAGGCGUAGCAUGUCUUCACAGAUACAUUUACUUGUUAUGGUGAUAAACCUUUACUUAAAAUACCUUUACGAAGUGUCUUGUUCUCUUGA